CCCAUACAAAUGGAGAACCCCUAUAAAGAGCCUCCUAAAAAAUGUGUCUUAUGUGGAAUAAAUGUGGACUACAAGAAUGUCCAGCUCCUUUCCCAGUUUGUUUCUCCGCAUACUGGCUGCAUUUAUGGCAGGCAUAUAACAGGCUUGUGCAACAAGAAGCAGAAGGAAAUUUCAAAAGCCAUUAAAAGAGCUCAUGUAUUUGGACUUAUGCCAGUUAUGUUUAAGAACCCAUCAUUUCUCACAGACCCCAAGAUAUGUAAUGUCAAAUAUCCAGAGUAA